GUCACUUUCGUGUAGUGCAAAUUACUGUGAUGAUUUCUGUUUAUAGUGCUGACACAAACACACGAAGCUCACAACCAGCAGAGAGAGGGAGAGAAAGACAGAAAGAGACAGAAUGAGACACUGAUGUACUAAACGUAUGCAUGUAGUGCAUCACUUUGAGGAUGAAUACGCGGCUACAAACCGGUAUCGACUCCUAAUGAACACAACUCCACCAGUGACACACGAGAAAGGAAUGUACUGGUAGACAGGACAGACGAGAUAACUGAAGAUCCAGAACAAUUAAAUUUGUGCCAUGAUGGUUUGAACUUGGUUUCCGGUGUUUUGUGUUUGCUUUAUUUGGGUCUGUUUGCUCUUGUUGAUAACGAUGUUUUCUAUGUUUUCUACGUUUAUCGUAAAUAAAAGUAAACCAGUUUACAAGUUUACCCGUGAAAUAGCUAUAAUUACAAGUGAAUCACUUCAGGAAUCUGAAGUUGGAUGUCUUGAUUAGACACGUCGUGGUGUGGACAUCCACCAGGUUAUCUCAAACUCGUUCACGCACAUGUAUGUUUAACGCAAAACAGUAUAUCCGUAUAAGAAUCACCAGUCUACCGAAAGCUAAUUGUACUGAUAUGGUGGGAUUCAGUGAAAACGUUGUGCACAUUCUCAUUCCGGUAAUUGUCUGCGUUGGCGUGCUGGGCGUGUUUAGCAUUGUGGGGAAUGUCCUUGUCUGUUACGUUUUUAUAUUCAGAAUGAAGACAACGACGCACAAUUUUCUAAUAUCAAGUCUGUCUGUAUUUGGUUUGCUAAGCACCGUCGUGUGUAUGGCCUUAGCAACAGGAAGGAUGACACGCUACUAUACGUUUCGAUUGGAAUCAAUCUGCAAGGCUGGGAUGUUCCUCGAUUCAGUGUUGAUUCUGAUGACCAUUUUCAUCCUCAUCAUCAUAGCCGUUGACAGAUAUUUAAAGAUUUGCCGACCAAUGGAAACUCAGAUGACUCGAAAGGUGGCAGAGAUCUCGAUAGGUGUCGCUGUCUGUGUGUCGGUUCUCUUCGGCUCUCCUAGACUUUCCGUCUAUAUCGUCAAGAGUGUGGAGGCAACAAAACCCAAUGGAACACAAUGCAUCCACGACACUAAUACGGUUUUCACUCUAUACAGAACGGUGACAGCUCUUUUGAUCAUCGGUCUGACUGUGGUGCUGAUAGUACUGUAUGCUUCCAUAGGGAUUGCAGUCAGAAGGCACAAGUGCAGUUUUCAACUGUCAGACAGGGCAAAUAAUCCGAGAGCCUCGAUCAAUGUCAGAAGCCCUUCGUUAUCGCGACAGAAUCAAAAUAUGUUUGACAAAAGCACCCUGAUCGGCUUUUUCGUUACAUUGAUGUUCGUGAUCAGUUACUUUCCAGCGCUGGCGCUUAAAAUAAUAAUUUGUUUUACGAAAGAGGAUUUAAUGAACAAAUACCCCUUGGGGUAUUAUAUAUGUCAACAUAUGUACAUAAUAAAUGAUGCAGUGAAUCCCAUCAUCUAUGGAGCGUUGAACACGGAGUUUCGUAACCACGUUGUUCAGAUGAUGAGGUCUAUAUCUCGUAGACUGAAAACCUCUAAUUCAGUAAGCUCCAGGCUUGAACUAAUCUGAUAAUGAUUUCUAUUUUGUGGUAACAUACUGAGAGAGAGAGAGAGAGAGAGAGAGAGAGAGAGAGAGAGAGAGAGAGAGAGAUCGAGAGAUCGUUUAACGUGCGCAUAUACCACUAAGGUUUCGCACACGCUUGUCACGGGCUGCCCACCUCAACAUACAACCCCACCCUCUGCCAGAGUUAUUUCUCUGUAAGCCAAAACACCCAGCCAGAGAGUUUACAUAAAACACCAUCGCUGGAUGUAAACACUUAGAGCUAGCAUGUGUCAUUAGCGUGUCCUGCAGUAUGGCACCUAGGAUUCAAUCUUCUCACACAGUUUACGGUCCACCACAAUCCAGUGUUGUGAGCUAACGUGUUAUGUCUGUCAGCUAUGGGUGAUACUACAAAAUUCUAGAGAGACAGAAUAAGGUAGUGCUGAAAACAUGGUUUUGGCCUUUUGUGCGAAUGGACAUAAAAGAUAAUUGGUUUGGGUUCUGAUGUAUAAAAGCAUAAAUAAAUGACUGAUUUGAAUGAGACAUUGUGAAAUGAUAGUACAUCUUCCCAUGCUACUGACAAGGUGAUUAACUCAUUUUUGCCUAAUUCAUCAUAUAAAGGGUUCUGACAUUAACCCCUCGACAUACUGAAUACAUUUUCUUAUUUGUCUACAGUACCAUUAUAUUUAUUGUAUCAGUGUCUUCUUUAUAUUCAA